AUGACGACUGUCGGGGGCGAAUCAGCCCGUGCCGGGAGCGCGCCUGUCCGUUUGGGUCCCGACAUGGAUCGUCUGAAGAAGGACGCGAAAGGUGCCAUCAAAGCCGCUGUCGAUGCUCUAGGUCUCGCUGCGUCUCUGACGCAGAACGUUCCAUACCUCGGCGCCGUGUCAAGCGCUCUCACCGUGUUUCUCAAGAUUCAAGACGAGGCCAAUGCGGUUCGAGACGACUGGCAGUCUAUCAUCGCCGAUGCAAAGAAGAUUAAGAGCAUCGUCGACCAGACGAAACGGGAGCACGAGAGGAAAGAAGCGGGUGACUCGACGUUACCGCAGGACCUCGUUGAGGCGUUUACAGAGUUGGAGAGGUGUAUCUUCACAUCUCUCAAUACACUGCAUGCAUGUGGGAUUGGUUCAAAGAGGAAAAGGGAUCGCCUUCGCGUCCUCAUCAACAGAGCCGAUCUUGCCGGUGAUGUGAAGAAGUGCGGCAGGGAUAUGAGUGCGGCUCUCGAGCUCUUCAAUACCAAAUUGAACAUCGGUACACGCCUAGAUGUACACGAACUUGUCGCGAAGUAUGCGGCUCGCCCGGUUGUUCCUGCCGUAAUCAUAUCUUCUGCCAAGCUCCCUCCUCCUGCCCCCGAGAUAUUCUACGGGCGUGCUCAAGAAGUUGAUCACAUUCUCGACCUAGUUCUGCACAAGCCCCCUGCUCGCGUCGCUAUCUUAGGACCGGGCGGUAUCGGGAAGACCUCCAUCGCACUCACCAUUCUUCAUCAUCAUGAUGUCGAAGCGAAAUACGCUAAACAACGCUUCUUCGCAUCCUGCGAGACUGUUACUUCGGUGGAGGGUGUCAUCUUGGAGUUACUGUCUACUUUCGGUGUGGCUCUUGACCCUGCGCAGGGCGUCCAACCGCAGCAUGCGCUCAUGAACUAUCUGCAAGGUCUCUCGGAUACCAUUCUCUGCCUCGAUAACCUCGAAACGAUCUGGGAUGCCGAGACUCGCGCGACGGAGACUCUGCUGUCAUCGCUUGCCUCGUUCCGCCAUCUUGCUCUGAUCAUCACCACUCGUGGCUCACGCCGACCUAUGCACGUUGCCUGGACGCAUCCCUAUCUCCCGCCCAUCACACCUCUAUCAUUCGAUGCUGCAAUACAGACAUGGAUGGAUAUAUGCGAAGUACACGACGAGUUCGCGGACAAACUCGUACAGGGCGUCGACUGCAUGCCCCUCGCGGUGGCUCUCCUAGCCAACCUUGCCACGAGCGAGUCACCCAAAGUGCUUUGGGAGCGCUGGGAGCGCGAUAAUCUUCGUGUCCUUCAUACGCACGACUCGGAGGACAGGUUGUCAAACAUUGAAUACUCCAUUGAGCUUUCCCUUCGGGGACCGCGGCUUCGUGAUGAGGUCGACGCUGUGCGGACCCUGGGGAUCAUUUGCUUGCUUCCUCAAGGCUUGCUCGAAAGCCGGGUAUCGGUGUUUAGCGAUGCAUAUACGCUUGUGUUACCUGGAUUCCAGAGAUCGAUCUCGCUGCUCAGGCAGUGCUCUCUGAUGUAUCUGUCCGAGAAUGGCUUUCUACGCAUUCUGUCGCCCAUCCGCCAUUACGUCCUGUCCCGCUAUCCACUUCUUGUCGAAGACCUGCCUCCAUUGGCCAAGAUAUAUUGUGAUCUCACCGAUCACGAAGUGCUCGGUUAUGGCGCAAUGUAUUCGGCUCAUGCCGAGGUUCAUAUUCGUCCUGAGAUCAGCAAUAUACCUGCCGUACUUCGCCAUUGCUUGAACGUCCAAUUGAGCGAAUACCGAGAACGAAUACUAGAGGCAAUCAUAUUAUUUUCUGAACAUUGCGACAACAUGAGCUUCCACGAUGUCACAUUGCUUGAUUAUGCCCUCAACUUUGCACAGGACUACCCGCAUACGAGUGUUCGACUGCUACACAUGAUGGGCACACUCCAGUACUAUUCGGAGGCGUAUUCGGAAGCUAUCACAACAUACACGCGAGCGUUCACGAUCAGUCGCGAUAGCCAGAACGAAAGCGAUGAAGCCCGGUGCAUGUAUAAUCUGGGAGAUUUAUAUUGCCGUCGAGGAGAACUAGAAACGGCGCGGGGCUUACUGCAGUCCGCGAUAUCCAUCUUCGAGCAUCAACCCGUGUGA